AUGGCCAAAUCCAGUGGAGGAUUUAAAGGACUUCCUGAUGACAGUGAUCAGUCUGACGCGGAGUUCCAGCCGCUGUUUGAUGAUACUGAUGAUUUAGAUCAAAGAACAGCACAAGAAGCAAAAGGAUGGAAUCUAUUUCGAGAGGUGCCGGUGAAGAAGGAAAGUGGUUCAAUGGUAUCCACUGUUUGGAUCGAUAACAGCGUGAAACUUCUUAAAGUUUUUGCAUACAUCUUUAUUUUUGCCAGUGUUCUUGGCGGUUCUGUUAUUGCAAAAGGCUUGGUACUUUUUACAAGUUCACAGCUAAAAAAAGGACGACAUAUCACCCACUGCAACAGAGCUUUAGCUUUGGAUCAACAGUUUAUAACAAUUCAUCCUCUAGACGAGCGUAUAGCGUGGUUGUGGGCAAUGCUCCUUUUUUUUGGUAUUCCCGAGUUAGGCUUGUUCCUAAGGAGUGCUAGGAUUUGUUUCUUUAAAACAAUCGUAAAACCAUGUCGUCCACACUUUUUAAUGGCUUUGCUCAUUGAGACCUUAAGCACUAUUGGAUUAGCUAUACUAUUAUUGAUAGUGUUGCCAGAACUGGAUGUCGUAAAAGGAGCUAUGUUAAUGAACGCUGUAUGCAUAGUACCAGCUGUAUUAAAUGCAUUCAGUAGAGACCAGAAUCAACCUCGAUAUCCUAUAAUGCUAGUGAUUGAUGUUUUGGCAAUAUCUGCUCAAGCCACCGCCUUUGUGGUAUGGCCUCUUCUUGAUGGCAGCCCAGUUCUGUGGUGUAUUUCAGUUGCAUGUAUAUUUAUUUCCUUAGGCUGGUGGGAAAAUUUUGUUUCUUAUUGGGGAAGACACAAUUCAGCUGCUAUGAUGUAUUUGUACGAAUUACGCGAUGGUAUUAAAAAAUCACGCUAUUACACCCAAAUGUUUUUAACCCUUUGGAAAAUCUUCAUUUUUAUGGUCUGCAUACUGAUUUCAUUAUUAGUUCAGGAUGACGAUCCCUUAACGUUUUUCACUCAUGCGACUGAUGCCUUUGGAGUACGAAAUUACACCGUAUACGAAAUUCAAACGAUAUUACAAGAUUUAUAUAAAGGUUCGAUAGAGUAUCAAAUGUCGGGAGGUAGUUUUGAACUAGACGCAAGUUCGAAUGCAUCACUGUGGGUAGUUUUAAUCCAAGCUGUAGCAGCGUAUUAUACCUACAUCUGUGGGAAGUUUGCCUGCAAAAUUCUUAUUCAGAAGUUCAGUUUUACGUUCGCGCUCAAUCUAGUCGGACCCGUUACCGUUAAUCUGCUGAUAUACUUCUGCGGUAUCCAAAAUGCUAAUCCAUGUGCAUUCCGUUCGUUCAUACCUGAAAAUUUGUUCUUCGAAAUACCUCCAGUAUAUUUCUUAAAGGACUACAUAGGACGAGAAAUGACGUGGAUAUGGUUGCUCUGGUUGAUCUCCCAGGCUUGGGUGACGAUGCAUUGCUGGGUGCCACGUUGUGAGCGUCUCGCUGCGACUGAUAAGUUGUUCCAACGGCCUUGGUACUGUGGGCCGUUGAUUGAUCAGUCUCUCUUACUGACCAGAACCAAGGACGAGCAGGAUGUACUUGGCGAUGAAAUGGAUGAUUAUGACGGAGGCAGUAGGACAUCUAUUGGCAGUUCGCAGAUCGUAUCAAAAGAUAUCAAACCAUCGGAUUCCAUAUCAAGGAUCUUCAUCUGCGCAACAAUGUGGCAUGAAACGAAAGAGGAAAUGAUAGAGUUCUUGAAAUCUAUAAUGAGGCUGGAUGAAGACCAAAGCGCACGUCGUGUGGCUCAGAAAUAUCUGGGCAUUGUUGACCCUGAUUAUUACGAACUUGAAGCAAACAUAUUCAUGGAUGACGCAUUUGAAGUAUCUGACCAUAGCUCGGAAGAUUCUCAAGUCAAUCGAUUUGUUAAAUGCCUAGUAGAUGUGAUUGAUGAAGCGGCCUCGGAAGUUCAUUUAGCUAAUAUAAGAUUACGGCCACCCAAAAAAUUCCCGACGCCAUACGGAGGUAGAUUAGAAUGGACUUUGCCUGGAAAAAAUAAGAUGAUAUGCCAUUUGAAAGAUAAAUCUAAGAUUCGUCAUAGAAAAAGAUGGUCGCAGGUGAUGUACAUGUAUUACUUCCUGGGACAUCGCUUGAUGGAUUUGCCUCUAUCAGUGGAUCGUAAGGAAGUUUUAGCGGAAAAUACGUAUUUACUGGCAUUGGAUGGAGAUAUCGACUUCAAACCAUGUGCGGUCUCUCUAUUGAUAGAUCUCAUGAAAAAGGAUCACAAUCUUGGCGCUGCUUGUGGCAGAAUUCAUCCAGUUGGGUCAGGUUUUAUGUCUUGGUACCAAAUUUUUGAAUAUGCAAUUGGUCAUUGGCUGCAAAAGGCGACUGAACAUGUGAUAGGCUGCGUACUUUGUAGUCCCGGAUGCUUCUCUUUGUUCAGAGGAAAAGCUAUCAUGGAUGACAACGUUAUGAGAAAAUAUACAACAACAUCAAGCGAAGCGCGCCAUUAUGUACAAUUCGAUCAAGGCGAGGACCGUUGGCUAUGCACAUUGCUUCUGCAGCGUGGUUAUGGCGUCGGUUAUAGCGCAGCCUCCGAUGCCUAUACACAUUGUCCCGAGCGUUUCGAUGAAUUCUUCAAUCAGCGUCGUCGAUGGGUCCCCUCAACUAUGGCCAAUAUAUUCGAUCUGCUCGCAGACUCCAAGAGAACUGUGGAAGUUAACGACAAUAUAUCAACUCUGUAUAUUCUCUAUCAGAGUAUGUUAAUGGCGAUUACCAUAUUAGGUCCUGGGACAAUCUUUCUCAUGAUGAUUGGAGCUAUGAACGCCAUUACUGGUUUAAGUAACACAAAUGCUCUAUUAGUAAAUCUGGUUCCCGUAUCUAUAUUUUUAAUAGUUUGUAUGACAUGUAAAUCCGAAUUUCAGUUGCAAUUGGCUAAUCUAAUAACAUGUAUGUACGCGAUGAUCAUGUUAAUGGUGAUAGUGGGUAUAGCGCUUCAGAUAGUUGAGGAUGGUUGGUUCGCUCCUUCUAGUAUGUUCUUCGUAUUAACUAUCGCAGUAUUCUUUAUAACAGCAGCUCUGCAUCCCCAAGAGUUCUCGUGUUUGAUGUACAUCCUCAUAUACUAUAUAACUAUACCUAGUAUGUACAUGUUGCUUAUUAUAUAUUCGCUUUGCAACCUUAACAAUGUAACCUGGGGUACUCGUGAGGUUGUUCAGAAGAAAACACUUAAGGAAAUGGAAAUGGAUAAGAAAACAGUGGAAGAGGUGAAAAAGAAAAUUGACACCAACAUUCUGUCUAGAUGGUUUGGUAAAUCCGAAGAGACAUCUGGUUCAUUAGAGUUCAGUAUAGCUGGGCUGUUCAAAUGUUUUCUCUGCACUAACCCUAAGGAUCAUAAGGAAGAUUUGCAUCUGCUGCAAAUAUCACACAACUUGGAAAAAAUUGAAAAGAGAUUGGACUCACUUGGUGCUAGUCAAGAGCCAGAAAAGAUUCCACGUCGUCGCAGUUCUAUGGGUCUUCGUGGUGAUACACUGUCCGCGCUACCGGAGUAUGAAGAUAGUGAAGACUCCACAGAAAUACCGCGGGAGGAAAGAGAUGAUUUAAUCAACCCAUAUUGGAUCGAGGACCCAACAUUGCAAAAAGGAGAAGUAGACUUUCUAACAACAGCUGAAACUGAAUUCUGGAAAGAUUUGAUUGACGUAUAUUUAAGACCUAUCGAUGAAAAUAAAGAAGAAAAGGAACGUAUUGCAACUGAUUUGAAAAAUCUUCGCGACACCAUGGUGUUUGCGUUUUUUAUGAUUAAUGCUUUGUUCGUUCUUCUAAUUUUCCUCUUACAAUUGAGACAGGAUGUGUUGCAUCUCCAGUGGCCAUUUGGUCAGAAGGUUAAAAUUGAGUAUGACAACAAAAAUAAUUUGGUACUGAUAGAACAGGACUUUCUUCUCUUAGAGCCUAUUGGAUCGAUAUUCUUGAUCCUAUUCGGUUCUGUGCUAAUAGUACAAUUCGCUGGCAUGCUGUUCCACAGAUUCGGAACACUGACUCAUUUAUUGUCUACCGUCCAACUAAACUGGUAUUUCACAAAACAGGCUGAUGAAGUGACAGAUGACGCUCAAUUCGAGAGACGAGCUGUAGAAAUAGCCAAGGAUCUUCAGAAAUUAAACGUAGACGAUAUUGAACAGAAAGGUGUAGACAAUAGUGAUGUAAAACGCCGAAAAACGCUACAUAACUUAGAAAAAUCAAGAGAAAAUAAGCACACCGUAAUAAAUUUGGAUGCUAACUUCAAAAGGAGACUCACUAUUUUACAGAAUGCUGAUCCAGACACAGCAUCCCGCCUUCCAUCUCUCGGCGGUAGUCCGUCAUCUCGUCGAGCUACGUUCCGUGCACUAAUGACGCGCCGCGACUCCGUGCUAGCUGAAAAAAGACGAUCCCAGCUUGGCAGAGAGUCUACUGGAUAUAUAUACGAUGAACCCAUGAGCGCGUUGAACAUGUCGUUGUCUGGCCGUCCGUCUGGUGCUUACGUCAACAAAGGUUAUGAACCAGCUCUUGAUAGUGAUGAAGACUUGCCUCCUCGACGAAGCACCGUGCGCUUCAGAGACGCAUACCUGUGA